AAUUGUGGACAUUAACUAGUUGAGCUCCAGGCAUUGAACAAUAAUGAUGAAAAUGUCGCAAACACAGGGAAAUGGAGUAACGUUUCUGCUGAUCCUGGCCAGCGCCUGGACUCUGUCAUCGGCCUAUCUGCCCGAUGUCAAUAUCUUUACCAAUUACCGCACCGAAGUCUAUAAUGGCAUUCCCUCGGAGAUCGACACCACACCCUUUGUACGGAUCGGGGACAACUACUACUAUAUCGAGCCGAUGAACAAGGUGAAUUGGUUCCAGGCAGCCGGCGCCUGUCGCAUGAUGAACGCCCACCUGGCCUCCAUUGAGGACAAGCCGGAAAUGGAGGCACUGAUCAAGUACAUGAACGCCAAGGGGUUCAAGAACAACGAUUACUUCUGGAUAUCCGGCAAUGAUCUGGGCACCGAGGGCGCCUUCUACUGGCUCUCCAACGGCCGGCCCAUGACAUAUGCCCCCUGGAACGGACCCAAGCAGAUGCCGGACAACUACGGUGGCAACGAGAACUGCGUCCACAUGUUUGCCACCCGUGAAAUGAUCAACGAUGCCAACUGCAAGAUCCAGAUGCUGUAUGUGUGCGAGGCCACGGAACCCAAGACCUUCAAGUUCACCUACAUCAAGUGGUGAAAGAUUAUAUAACAUAACUUUAGAUGCUCAGACCUAAGUUGAUAUAUAUACAUAUAAAUAAUAUAUAAUAUUUAUAAUCCAAAUAA